AUGGCCUGGUUCCCUCCCCAUGGCUGGCGCACCGCCUACGGCGGCUACCAGCCCCCUGACGACCUCUACCUGGACCCUAUGCUCGGCGGCGUCCCCGGCUUCCUCGACGGCCCCGCCAUGUUCCCACCUCCCUUCAUGGGCGGCGGCGGCGGAGGCCCACCUCCUCCCCCUUUCAUGGGCGGCGGCCCUCCACCCCCUCCCGGCCAUGACGACGGUGGCAUGGGCCCUCCUCCUCCCGGCUUCUUCGGCGGUGGCCCACCACCAGGCGGCCCUCCUCCUCCGCCCUUCGGUGGCGGCUUCAUGGCCCCGUGGAUGGAGCCGGACUUCAGUGCCGGACCGUUCCCCGGCGGCCGUCACCAUGGCGGCGGCGGCGGCGGCGGUGGUGGUCACCCUAGAUGGCACUGGGGCGAAGACGACGACGGCGAGGACGACGCGGCAAAGCCGAAGAUCAUACCGGGCGGGCGGGCCGGGGGCGGACCGCGGCGGCGCGGCGUGGGCAUGAUCUACAACCCGAAGCAGACGCGGCUGCACAUCUUCCGCAAGACGGACAUGGAGCCGUGGAAGGACGGCGCGAAGAAGGGCGUUGUGGUGCCGGCCAAGAAGAUGGGCGGCUUCAACAUCUGGGAGGCCGACGUCAACUGGACCGUCAAGCAGCUGAUGGACCACCUGGGCAAGGGCGACGACGCGUGGGCCGUCACCGAGGUCACCGAGGCGGGCAAUGGGCGGUGGUACAAGGGGAGCACCAUCAAGUACAAGGACGAGCGCGCGGACGAGACGUUGAGUAAGCAGGGGUGGACCGAGAAGAGGGGCAUGGCUUAUGGUCAGACGCCCGUUUGGUUGGUCUUGCAUAAGGCUGAGUGA